CCCGCCGGCUGCGAGAGAGUUCGUCGUCCCGCUCCCCGCGGCUGCCGCGCCCCGCCGGCUGCGAGAGGAAGGAGAGAGGCGUCACCCGCUCGUCCCGCUCCCGCCGGCUGCCGCGAUGAGCUUUCACUUGGUCAGCUCGGUCCACGACGUCAAGCAUCUGAUCAACUUAUACGGCUGCAGUGAAGGCUUGGAAGUUCGCGUCGAAGCUCUUCAUGGGCUGUCCAAUGCCCGUAGUGUUCACACGCUGUUGAUGAAGCAGAUCCGCCGAAUGGGCUGGCGGGUGGAUGGACUCCGUCAUCUCGAGGUGCUCGUCGGCGUCCACAUGUCCAUCGCUUCCGCCGCCCGCCACCUCGACAAGCUGGUGCUCUAUUUCGAAACACUCACCGCGCCCGGCUCCGGAGGAGACCCCGUCGACGUCGCUGCCGCGCCUGGCCACGGAGGAGACCCUGUCAACGUCGCUGCGCCCGGCCUCGCGGUGCCAAGCCCCGGAGAAGACCUCGCCACCACCAACUCCAAUGCGUCGUUUGACCCCGCGUCCACCGACGACGACCACCACGACGGCGUGAACAACUCCGAAGGCAAGCUCGGCCUCGCCACCCGCCUCCACGAAGCCGGCGCGGCGAUCCUCCAGCACCAACUGAGCUGCCCGGAUAUCGCAGAGAUAGUGCAGCUGUUGGGUGGCCAACUACAGGAUGGGAGCAACGCCAUCGUCCACCAGCGCUUCCUCCCCGAGAAACUGCUAGCCUACAUCAAAGAAGCGAAGAACAAUCUUCAGGCUGCUUGGCUCCUGUGGGUUGAGCAUGACCAAUUCAAGAUGCUCUGAUCACUUUUCUCCGAGUUCGAGUUCUCCGAGUUUGAGUUCGAGUUCGAGUUCGUUGAGUACGUUGAGGAUUGGUAUCUGUUUGCUACGUGAGAGUGGCUGUUAGCCUGUUACUAACAAUAGGUAGAGAAAAGAAGAGUUGCUUGCUGUUAGAAUUUACAGACUAAUAAUACGCAGUUUGGACUUUGGACGGAACUGCAAUUUGAACCGUAUUCUACAAUAACUAGGACAUCCAUCCUAAGGCCUCAUUCUUUGGUAUAUUUGUCCAAGUUAGCAUCAGUUCUUCGCUUCUACCACAGUAUCAGGUUCAACAUGCAUCGUAACAGAUGCUAGAUAAUAGACUAGUAAAUGUAGUCGACACUCCAGAAGGGAAAAUGUUUCAGGGCAGCUAAUUGCCAGCAGCACAGUACACCAGAACUCUAGUCAACGAAUGUUAAAAUAGCCUUUUAAUAUUCGGCCAAAGAUGGUGAUAGCUUAUUGUCCUAAAGACUUUAACGACAAGAUACAAAGAAA